AUGGACGAGGAAUACGAUGUGAUCGUGCUGGGGACCGGCCUCACCGAAUGUAUCUUGUCGGGCAUCAUGUCCGUGAACGGCAAGAAAGUGCUGCAUAUGGACCGGAACCCCUACUAUGGGGGUGAGAGCUCCUCCAUCACACCCCUGGAAGAGCUCUAUAAGCGUUUUCAAUUGCUGGAGGGGCCCCCUGAGGCAAUGGGCAGGGGCCGAGACUGGAACGUUGACCUGAUCCCGAAGUUCCUCAUGGCCAAUGGGCAGCUGGUAAAGAUGCUGCUGUAUACAGAGGUGACGCGCUACCUGGACUUCAAGGUGGUGGAGGGCAGCUUCGUCUACAAGGGGGGAAAGAUCUAUAAAGUGCCAUCCACUGAGACCGAAGCCUUGGCUUCCAAUCUGAUGGGCAUGUUUGAGAAACGCCGUUUCCGCAAGUUCCUGGUAUUUGUGGCAAACUUUGAUGAAAAUGACCCCAAGACCUUCGAGGGUGUUGACCCCCAGAGCACCAGCAUGCGUGACGUCUACCGGAAGUUUGACUUGGGCCAGGAUGUCAUCGACUUCACUGGCCAUGCCCUGGCCCUCUACCGCACUGAUGACUACCUGGACCAGCCCUGUCUUGAGACCAUCAACCGCAUCAAGUUGUACAGUGAGUCCCUGGCUCGGUAUGGAAAGAGUCCUUAUUUGUACCCACUCUACGGCCUUGGUGAGCUGCCCCAGGGCUUUGCAAGAUUGAGUGCCAUCUACGGAGGGACAUACAUGCUGAACAAACCUGUGGAUGACAUCAUCAUGGAGAAUGGCAAGGUGGUGGGUGUGAAGUCUGAGGGAGAGGUGGCCCGCUGCAAGCAGCUGAUCUGUGACCCCAGCUACAUUCCGGACCGAGUGCGGAAGGCCGGUCAGGUUAUCCGCAUCAUCUGUAUCCUCAGCCACCCCAUCAAGAACACCAAUGAUGCCAACUCCUGCCAAAUCAUUAUCCCCCAGAACCAAGUUAACAGGAAGUCAGACAUCUACGUGUGCAUGAUCUCCUACGCACACAACGUGGCUGCACAGGGCAAGUACAUCGCCAUUGCCAGCACCACAGUGGAGACAGCUGAGCCGGAGAAGGAGGUUGAGCCUGCCCUGGAGCUCCUGGAGCCCAUUGACCAGAAGUUUGUGGCCAUCAGUGACUUAUACGAGCCCAUUGAUGACGGUUCUGAGAGCCAGGUGUUCUGUUCCUGCUCCUAUGAUGCCACCACACACUUCGAGACAACCUGCAAUGACAUCAAAGACAUCUACAAGCGCAUGGCAGGCUCCGCUUUUGACUUUGAGAACAUGAAGCGCAAACAGAAUGACGUGUUUGGAGAAGCUGACCAGUGA